AUGCCUAAGGAACGGACAGAAGUGAGCUGUUGUGUCAAAUACUUGCUCUUCUUCUUCAAUGUGUUCUUCUGGGUAAGUUUGGUUGAAAAAUGACAGAAAUAUAUAGACAUGGUGAUUAGCAAAUGUCAUAGACUGAGUGAGGAGUGAAACUGCUAAACAAUUCGAAACGCUACCACAAUGCACUUGAUUUUGUUGUUCCUUAUUACACCUCGUCCAUUAAAAUAAACUGCUGUAAAGUACAAUGAGCUUUAACGCUAUGAAGAUUCAUUUUGUAAGCAGCUACGUAGCUGGUAAGUUUAUAUAAGUACACGAGAGGCGAUCGCGUACUCACACAUACAUGUCUCGUCAAGUUACUUCCACUUUCCUAUUGUCACGUUUUAUACUGCUGAUGAGUUUGAGAUUCGCUUGAUUUUAGAAUUCAACUAUGUUUACUUGCCUUCUUUUUUAUGGUAUCUCAUAUUUCUCAGUAUUGCUCGCCGUACGUGUGUCGUCAUGUCGUUUCCUUGUCGCCACUUGGCGUUGUUCAUGUUGUUAUAAUAUAUAUACACGACGUAAAUAGGCUCUUGACGAGUCUACCAAAAAGUACUUAUCCAGCCUUCGGUCGUCAUUGUGUAGAUCGUAAUCAGAAAAUAUAUUAACGUAGUAUUGUAUGCACCGCUGUUUUUUACUGAAUUUUUUUAACUUAAUUUUCUGAUACGUCCCAAGCUUUUCCAAAGGUGUACAUGUGUUUUCCAUUGUUUGUUUGCGAGUUUGAAAGCUUUUCGAAUUUCCGAACACUGAUACUAGCUCAGCUGUAAUGAUUAUUACGGUAAUAAUAAAAACAACAUGUUUAUAAACAUUUCUCAAACUACCUAUUUAUAUCAUGGUAAACUAACCAACUCGAGAGCGUUUUCCAAUUGGACUAGAACAUAGGCCUUAGUUCAAACAAAACUUAGGCCCAGUUCAGACGUCGUGCUUCUGCCGUGCCGAACUAAAUUCAGGAAUUAAGUUCGACAAAAGCACGGCAGAAGCACGGAGUCUGAAUCAAACUUUUGAAUUAAGUUCGGCAAGCAAUUAAGUUCGACAAGCGCUGCCGUGCUACACAGCUCUGGCACGACAGCAAUUCAAACGUCGUGCUUCCUGCCAUGCUAAACAAAAUUCAUAAAUUAUAUUAAUGUAUUUUGGCGAGAUUGUGUUCCCACGGGGAGUUGGGAGAAGAAUUGUUAUGAGGCAUCAGUAAAUCCUGAAUUUGGUUCGACUCUGGCACGACAUCUGAAUCAAAGUUGUUUUCCUACUGUGCUACAGUCGAACCGAAUUACAAUUAAGUUUGGCACAGCAGAAGCAAGACGUCUGAACUGGGCCUUAUUGUUAUACAGCUGAAAAUUUUUUUCCCAAAAGCUCAUGCUCUCAUUGGUUACUUUGAACUCACAUGACAUCUAACAAUGAAACUGUUUCCUGCCAAAAUCUAUAGCUAUGAGCGGGCUAACAUUACAAAAUCUAUGACAUCAAAGGGUAACAGUGCGCUGUUGCCCGCGAAUGUUGAACAAUGACCGCUGUUACAGUGAGGGUUAAUGAAUUUCCACAACCUGAUUAUGAUAUUAAACACUUAAAGACUGGUCCCUUGGGAAACAGUUAAUUUUGUUUUCUGAGAAUCUCCACCUAGGGAAACAUUGAGGUUCUUGGGAAACAAUAUUAACUGUUUCCCGAUGGACCAGUCAUUAAGAGCAACGGUCAGGAAAUAUUGACCAUCGAGCAGCAAGAGUUGAGAAAUCGAUUUCCUUCAUUUUUUGUUCAUAAAUAGCUUUUAGGUAGAUGAGUAAUCUAAUGUCAGUUGUUCUCGCAAAAAGCCUCUUAUUUUCGAGGAAAGUGAGAAUAUUAGUUUUCAUGGUCAGAGUCUCAAAAUGGCCAUAUUUUCAAGCCGAAAUUUGCUAACAUCAACUCUCCUCGCGUUCGCAAAUAAAGCCGCAAGGAGAAAUUUGGACACUUUCCAUCAAUAGAACAACUCUUCUUCUUUCACUAGAACAUACUUUCAAAGCAAUAUCAAGACUUGUUGAACUGACAUAAUUAAAAAACGAAGAACAGGUUAGGCUUGCCAGGAUUUACAAUUUUUCUAUUUUACUUCAUGUCUCCUUUUCCCCCUGAUAAGGGGUAUCAAAUGGUAAUUUCAAUACUUUGCAAGACUUUGAGACCCCAGUUUUAUAAUUUGAGACAUUUGAUGAGUUUAACAAGACGUAAAAUAAAUUUUUGACCCUGAGACAUAAAGUCACACAAAAAGACCAGUCGCAAAUGCUGUCGAGAUUUCAAGAUCAGGCCAACAUUUUUGGGGACCCACAUUUUUUGAGGAAGCAUUCUGCACCCCUCAGAUACUGUUCAUCUGAUUUCUGAAAGCUUUAAACAUUUAUAAAUUUUGGUAAAAUUUUGUUUGGAAAUGACAUGUUUCAUCUCUCUUUCAACAGCUGAUAGGUGGCUUGAUAGUUGGUAUUGGACUCUACGCUCGCUUUGAAAAGACGGCGUAUCAAGACUUCUUCAGUGAUAUUGUUUUGGAUCCAGCCUUUGCACUGAUCAUUGUCGGUAGCAUCAUGUUUAUCCUGGGAUUCACUGGAUGUAUUGGUGCUUUGAGGGAAAAUAUCUGCCUACUGAAAUUUGUAUGUUGAGUUGCUUAAUAAUAUUAGGACGGGUCUGCUUAAACUUUCUCAUUGUUUCCUCUUUCUCGUCAUUACAAAAAGAUUGUGGAUGUUCCAGAAAGUGCCAAGAUUAUUGACACUUCCACCCCUUUGGAAGGUCUCUAACAACUGGGCAUGAAGGGCCUAGCUACCAUCCACAUCAAAACUCAGUUGAGAUGUUUUGACAAAUAUGCCAUUUACACCAUUGUUCUGAUACCUUAAAAAAAUUGGUGAACAAAGGGCAAAUUCAUUGCUUCCCCUGUCCCCUCUGCAAUUUGCACUGCUGGUCACGUUGCCUGUGGCCACAACAAACAAGACAGUUAGGAAGGGAGGGCUAGUAAUGUUGGUGACUGUCAAUUCCUUUGAGUUUUGUGUCUACUCUUAUUAGACUGAGUGGCUGUUAAUUGCUGGUGUUAACUCAGGUAUAAAUAUAAGGAAAACUGAAGGAUUUUAGCUAGAGAUGAGAGUGAAUUGCAAUAUUUGCAAUUGGUAAAUUACCAUUCACUCCUAUAUGUUUAUUUUUGUUUCUCUAUUGCAUACUGAAGUUUAUUUCGUGUACAUGUACAAGCUAACAAAUGUUUUUUCAAUAACUGAUCGUUUGUGACCCUGAUUGCACAUAAACUCAUUGUAUUUUCUUAGUUCUCCGUUAUCCUAGCCAUCAUCUUCUUCCUUCAGUUAUCCCUUGGAGUGUUUGUCUUUGUGUUUCAAGAAAAGGUGAGAAGUAAGCCUUAUUUGUGUUUACUUACAGCAGUUCUUUUGAAAUGCUAAAAUUUUACAGAGAUGUUAAACCCAUCAACAAUAGAUGGGUGUGGGGAAGGUGCCUGGUGAAACUGAAGGGAGCCACAAGUGAACUGGAAGGUAACCAUGACAACCCUGUGAGAGGCAUCCACCAGGCACCAUCACACUGAGAACCUCAGUGGAGAAAUGUCCAGAUACUUAUCGAAAAAUAACCAGAGGGAAGGGAAGGCUGGGAGCCAGAUUGGCUAAAGCUACUCUAUGUAAAAACGUGAGCGAAAUGAUUGACCUCAGUGAAAGCACUGCAAAAAUUUCUUAAGCCCAAGACCGCCCCAGAUAUGAUUAGUGAUGGAAACCAACGGCCAGCAUUGUCUCUUGUUUAACCUCACCUAAAUUAAAGUUAGCCACAUUUAAACUAGACCAUAUACAUUUCAACAAAAUGAACUAGACAGCCGUGGCACAGAGGUACAAUACCAGUGUAUUAUAUGUUUUGCAUAGUUUAUGUAACUAAAUAGUUGUAAUUUCAUAUUUUUCUUCAACACAAGGGGGGUUGUUCUUCUUUUAGGGGCAAUAAAUGUUUAUUUCUUGGUCUGGAUUCAUAAUGUGAAAGGAUUAGACUGGAAAGUGAUAAUUUUUUGAUGAAAUAUUUCAGUUGAAUCACUUAACUUUCAUCAGCCUGAUCUCUUAUUAAUAUACUUUUCAGUUAUUUUUAAACAUGUAUAUUGAUAAUGAGAUUAAGAAUCAUGUUUACUGCAAAUGGCAAAUGUCAUUUUGAGGUUGACAACUUCUCAAAGUACUUAGUAGGAAGGGAGCAGAGAUGAUAAUGUGCAAAAUCUUCCUAAAGGCUGGUUUUCACUAGAGAUGGAGUCAGAGUCGCAGUCGUAAGUGGAGUGGUAAGAGCGCUUAUGACCUAGUGAAAACCAAAAAUCGGUGUCAUAAGCAGAGUCAUAAGUGCGACGGAAUUGGAGUCAGAAGAAUCAGAGCGUUUUCAUUUCUUCCAACUCCGCUUAUGACUCCCUCGCUUACGUUCCGCUUGUGAUCUAGUGAAAACCAGAUUGUCGGAGUUGGAAGCAGAAGCAGAAGGAUAAACCAAUCACAAUGCAUACAUGUUCCCACGCUUUGUGAUUGGUUUCGUUCUUCUGCUUCUGCUUCCGACUCCGACAAUCUGGUUUUCACAAUGGAGUCGUAAGCGGAAUCGGAGUGCUGUUUUCACUAGAUCAUAAGCUCUAAGCUUUUGAUUAAGACUCCAACUCGAACUCGGACUCCUUCGCUAGUGAAAACCAGCCUUUAUGGAUGAACCUAUUUCUGACGCACUAUUUAUUAUUGUGCAGAUACAAUGAUAACAAUUAUAAUAAAUGUUACGGGACAACUUGGUCACGCAUGUACAUUAAUUACUAAAGUUGGUCAUUUCCUACCAAUGUGAUACUAAAUCUCACUAACAUUACAGAGUAGUUGGCUGGUACAAAUAAAGCAAUCAGUUGCCAAUUUCCCAGCACGUAGGACAACCAUUUAUACAGGUUUCAAUUGACUGUGCAGUAAAAUUCUGUACUUGCACAUCUCAUUCAUUAACUCCUUCACUCCUAGUCCAAAGAAAAAUUCGCCAAAAACUCACAAUUCUUUUUGCAAAAUCCUAACUAAUGAAUAGUACCGUGGAAAUGUUCUACAAAGAGGUUUUGUUUAAAUGAUAACACCACUGGAUUUUGUUGGCAGUUUCAAAAGUUAGUUGCCAUAACUUGUACUAAUCCAGCAGUGAAAUAACUAAAGCUGUAGUAGUGUUUCUGCCAAGUGUGGUGAAGCCACUAAUUUUAAUGAUGAUAAUAAAAAAACACUGCAUUGAAUAUUAUUUACAUUUCAGGUUGAAGGUGUUGUUUCAGAGAAAAUAAAAACUACGAUAGAGAAGUACAGAGAUAAUGUUGAUUUGCAAGUGCUGAUUGAUGGAGUCCAACAGGAAGUAAGACUGUUAAAUGUCAUCUUGUUCAUCGGCCAUCUCCCUUUUUUCUCCAUUUAGCAUGAUCUGACCAACCCAAAUUUUUGGCAUUUUUCCAAAAAACGUAAGCAUGGCAUAAACUAGCUAGUGAAUUAUUAAUUCUUUUAAAAAUGAGCAUUGUAACAGCAUUUCAUGUUACUAAGUACUAUUUUUUAACCUGAAUGACAAAUAAAAUGUUAAGCCUUCUGCUACAGUUCACAUCCCACAGGUCACAUCCAGUGCCUCCCAUGGUAGAAUCUUCAUGUCUGCAUGAGAGGAACAGAUAGAAACAGGAACAUUUUUGCUACAGUAUUGUGCAUUUUGUUGACCAAAAUAUGAAAACAUUAACUUUUAAUGUGGCCCUCAUCUCCAACAAGGAAUUUUUUUCUUAAUAGCUCUAUUUGAAAAAAUCAACUCUUCAUGAAGCUGUGAUGCUUGAUAUAUCCUGGGUAGGACUUCCUGCUCUAACAUUUGCCUAAAGUAAGGGUUGCUUGGUGGACGUCGACCAUGUCUGGUUGUUUCCAGCCUCCAUAGAAAUGAUGCCCUCACAUGGCCAUUUAGAUUUGGAACCACUCCAUAAUUUACAUUUUUCUUAUCUUGCCUCCAACAGUUCAAGUGUUGUGGUGGAAGCAGUUACAAUGACUGGCAAAAUAAUGUCUACUUCAACUGUUCAUCCCCUGGAGCAGAGGCCUGUGGUGUUCCUUUUUCUUGUUGUCAAUCCGUACGUAGAAUUUCAUUUUUAUCAUUAUUUUUCUUUUUUUUUAUAACAUUGCUAUAGGACAAUCUUUAAUACACCAUGUGUAUGUCUGACAGCCCUGUUAUGUGACAACUUUGAUAUAUAAAAUAGAAAAUAAACUCAAUCAAAAAACAUCCCCUAAUCAUUCAUAAUCACCCUUCUAGGUGUGUUGCAAGUGCCAAAUGAAAUUCAGAUUAAAGCUAUAGUUUCAACCUGAGUUGAAAGUCAAUUUCCUUUGUUUCCGAACCCUAAUUGUUAGUCAAAAGAUAUUAUCAUGAUUGAUAUAGGGUUCAUUAUUUGCAAAAAAAUGCAUUUGGUGUUCUUUGCAUUGUUUCGUUAAAAUUGGAAGUAAACGAAACUGAUUAACUUCAUUUCAUUAUGCUCCCUUAAAAUUGUAAUCUUAAGAUUUUCCAUCAUAAACACCUACAAGAUUAUUCUGCAUGUUUGUUAGCAGCUAUUUGUAAAACUAUGUUUUUAUUUUUAAUUUAUGCAGUCAUUUGUCAUCAUUAAAGUAUACCAUUUUCUUUCCUUUUCUUUUUAGGAUACUCUUAACACACAGUGUGGGUAUAAGAUAAGACUACCCAAAUAUACUGUAAGUCCAUAUUGAGUUUUUAUCUAAAAUUAUAAGGGGGAUUGUUUUAGUCCCUGAUAAGGGCUUUAUGAUGUGAUGGGCUUCUUUGGUAGAAUUAUAUUACUAUUAUUGGUUGUUGAAUAAAUAUGAUAAUCAUCAUAGUACAGUGGUUGAGUGAUCAGUCUUUCAUUUUAAUAAUAGUUUUGUUGUAGUGUACUUGUCAGGUGACAUUUGAUCUGAAUCUAACAAGAAAUAAUAUGUAUACAUUUUGUCAUCUUGUUUAUUCAAACAGUUCAAAGGUUUCCUUCAUCUCACGCUCAUUAGCAACUUUGUUCUUGCUUUAGGACACUGAUAGAGCAGCAGUUAUUUACACUCGUGGCUGUCUUGAUGCUGUUAAGGAGUGGUUCAAGGAAAACAUGAUAAUUAUCGGUGGGGUAGCAGUUGGAUUGGCUUUAUUGCAGGUAAUUUAUUUAUUAGAAAUUACCUUUCUAACAAUGUUAGCUUCUCAGUGACAUCCUAUAAUGCUAAGAUAUGCUAACGGCUUGAAACAUUUGAGCCACAGGGAGUUGCUACUGGGAUCAGGCCUGACCUGGAAGAUGGGAAGUCAGAGAAUAUGGAAAAAAGGCUGAUGCAUGCCAAUGACUAGCAGACUAGCAUUCAAGAGGAAAUGAAACAUGACUUCUUGGAUCAAGAAAAUGAUUUUUUCGAUCCAGCAAGUCACACUACAGGUUCAUGCUAUGUAGCGUGCCGAUGACCACAAUUACCCCUUUUCUUUUGACUAGAAAACAAAGUAAAUUGAUAUAAUGAUAAGCAAUGAAUAGAGCAUAAAUAGACUCUCCUUGUUUGCAAACUGAAUCAUACAGUAUUUUGUAUCUGGCCUUCAGAAUUAUCGCGUUUCUUACUGACAGACAUUAUGGGCAUUACAAGCACGACAUCACUGCAUGUGUUGCAGUUGUAGUUUCUAUGGAAACUGCAAACACAAAAAGGGAAGAAGAGAGUGAAAACUGGGUACUAACCAGUAGAGAAGUGACUAGAUACUGAAAGAGAAUGAAAGGUAGCCUCCCACGCACACGUUCCUGCCUUGCGAAAGAACGUCUGCGUGGGAGACUAAAAUGAAAGGGGAAUGUUUCUAUUUUUUUUCUUUUCUAGAUCAUGGGAAUUUGUUUUGCAAACAGUCUCAUAUCAGAUAUCAAGUUGCAGCUGGCGAGAUGGGACAGAGACAUCUACUGA